AUGAAAGAUUACAAGUUUUUUGAAGAGAGAUGCAUAUUGUAUCCGACUCUUGAAUCAGUUGAGAUGAUGAAUGAUUUUAUGCUGAGCUUAAUUCCGGGUGAACUAAAAGAGUACUUCAGUUCAGAUACAGCUUGCAGGUCUGAUGCGGAUUCAGAGAUACACUCAGAGUGGUUUACUUCUGAGUUUUUGAAUGAUAUAAAGUGCUAUGGAAUUCCAAAUCACAAGUUGAGUUUAAAGAAAGGGGCUCCAACAAUGUUAUUGAGGAAUAUAGACCAGUCGGCUGUGUUAUGCAAUGGAACUCGCCUCAUAGUGAAUGAUCUUCUGCCGAAUGUUAUUGGUGCCACUGUGUUAACAUGA